AUGCAUCGUCGAACGCGCCUCAGCUUACGAUCUUCCUCGAUCAACGAUAAGGAAAAUGACAAUGAGCAGGCAACGAUACAACCAACGCCUCGAAAGCGUCGAUCACAGGUGCCGGCAGUCACAGCAAACAUGGAAGAGCUGGAAGAGGAGAGCGUUGUGAAUUCGCCGAAAAAAGCUGCCCGCGGUCACCAACGGUUGUCGGAUGUGCAGGAUGCAGAAGAGGUGGAAAAUGAUUCACAAAAGGUAGGUGCAUUGGAUGCAAUGGGUAAAUUACCCGAACGAGAGAAAGAAUACGACGAGCUGGUGGCUUACAUCGAAGGGGUAUUGAGCUCCGAUGGAUCCGGCAGUUUGUACAUAAGUGGUCCACCGGGAACGGGCAAAACGGCCACACUCCAGCGGAUACUGAAUCACCAGUUGUUUGUAAAGAAAUUAAAGCCCGUAUACAUCAACUGCACGUCGAUCAAGAGCGUCGGUAGCAUAUACAAGAAGAUCUCAGAGGAACUAGCUUUGAAGGUGAGCGGAAGCACGGAGAAGGCGUACCAGGCCGCAAUUGAGGCAUACCUGCACCGGAAGCACAAAACCAUAAUGCUGGUGCUGGACGAAAUCGAUCAACUGUCCAGCAGCAAGCAAACGAUCCUUUAUAGCAUCUUCGAAUGGCCAGCACGGCAAACGGCACGGCUUAUUCUGAUCGGUAUUGCGAACGCGCUUGAUCUUACGGAUCGUUUACUAGCCCGGUUGCAGGCUCGCUGUGAACUGAAGCCUCGCCUUAUCCAGUUCCUACCGUACACUAAGCAACAGAUCGUGACCAUCCUGAAGUCCUGCCUGGAAGAAACCAAUUCGCUGACACGCUUUCCAGAAGCGGCUCUCGGUUUGCUGGCGGCCAAGGUAGCAUCCACGUCGGGUGACAUCCGCCGGGCACUGUUCAUCGCUCGGCGCUUGGUUGAAAGCGCGAAGAAAGAGGACCGUAAGACGAAUUCCAACAACCCAACCGUGGUCACCGUGGGACAGGUGAUGACGGUGCUAAAGCAAGUGUACGGUGCAUCGCAGACGCUUGGCAAUGAUCUCGAGGAAGGUUUCCCACUGCAACAGAAGCUGCUCAUCUGUUCGCUGAUGUUGUUGCUGAAGCACGGUAAAAACAGAGACAUCACCGUGGGGAAACUGCACGACGUGUACAAAACGAUCUGCACCAAGCGAAACAUACAGGCGGUGGAUCAGACGGAAUUUAUCGGUCUGUGCUCGCUGGUGGAGACGCGUGGUAUUGUGCGAUUGCAGUGCAAGAAGGAACCCCGUAUGCAUCGGGUGUGUUUGCAGUGGGACGAGGAAGAGGUCAGCUCGGCACUGAACGAUAAACAGCUCAUUACGAGUAUCAUUAGUGAUGUUUCCUGUUUGGGAAAGUAG